UCUUUUUCAUGUCACACCAAAUAAACGCCGUUAUUUUUCUCAUCUUUCAGCCAUGGCUUGUUAAAUAGUUAAUUACGUGCAAAGUGUGCGUUAAUGCUACUCCCUGUUAGCCAGCAGCUGUUAAGAAGUGUUUCGUUGAUGCUAAAUCAGGGAGCUAGCUCAUUUAGCUUGUGUUUUAAUUUAAAGUUACUGUAUCCCUGUGUUUAACUAAAUUGUGUUUUAGUCGAGUCGCCUAAGUAUUUGAAAGUCUGCCAUUGACUGCAGUGACUGGUUUAAUAUUUAACGUAGCUCCAACAAUAUCUUACAGAUGUAACAGGGAGUAUUUGCCAAUAAACACCAUAUGAAGAAGCUGCUACGUCUCAUGUUGACGGUUUGGCUCUGCAGAAUUGAAUGAGGUGUGGUGUUCUGCCAGUGUUAUUUUGUAAGGGCUGCUGCGGCCAACAUGGGCCAGCAGAUCUCAGGUCAGGCGGUGAUGACGCAUCUGCCUGAGAAGCUGGUGAAACACAUUGGACUGGUACGUGACAGCGGGUAUCUCACCUAUGAGGAGUUCCUGGCAAGGGUGGCUGAACUUAAUGAUGUUACGGCCAGACUAGCUACUGGACAGCAGAAGCACCUGCUGUUUGAAGUGCAGCCAGGAUCUGAUACGACGGCCUUGUGGAAGGUGGCCGUCAGGAUUUUCUGUACCAAGAUCAACAAGGAGAAUGGUAUGGUGGAAGCAUCACGGAUCAUGAACCUGUACCAGUUCAUCCAGCUGUACCAUGACAUCACCAGCCAGGCUAGCGAGGUGCUGUCUGCAGAGAGCGCCACCGAGGGCCCGUCAGCCCAGCUUCCCUCCACAGACUCCUGCCAGGCCAGCAUGUGGAUGGGCAGAGUGAAGCAGCUGACUGAAGAGGAGGAGUGCUGUAUCUGCAUGGACGGAAAGGCCGACCUCAUCCUGCCAUGCGCACACAGCUUCUGUCAGAAGUGCAUUGAUAAAUGGAGCGGGCAGAGCCGAAACUGCCCUAUGUGUCGCCUGCAAAUGACUGCUGCCAGUGAGUCGUGGGUAAUGUCUGAUUUCCCCACAGGGGAUGAAUUAGCCAGCUACAUCCUCAACCUGGCUGAUGAGGCAGGCCACCCACACAGACCUUGACACACAGCACAGUGAGCCAAAUAGCUGACAAGGAAAAUUGCUCAGUACCAGGUAGUCUUUCACUUCCACAGAUAAGGAGAUUUUUUUUCUGAAAAAGCUAUAAUACAGAAGAAAGCAGCAUGGUUUUCUAUUCCUUAUGUUCUUAGUGACUGGUUCGGAAAAUGAAGGCAGUGGUGCUUUUAUGGGGCCUGUAAUUUCCACAAUUUCCUAAAACUUAGCUUGAAGAAAGGCUUAUGGAAAAGGGGAUGGUGUUAGUUGCUACAAGAUUUUAGGUAAAAAAAAAAAAACUAGGAAAUUAUGUAGUGGGAAAAUUGUUCAGUGUCAAUAUCCCUAGAAUGACUUAACAACAAAAAAGUCAUUUAGAUGUAAAAUCAACCACACUGACUUGCAUAAUUUUACGUCUGGUCUGUGAAAAUUAGGAGAUUAUGAGAAAUGUUUGCUGGAAACCACAGGACCCAUAAAAUAUGAAACCUCAUCUCUUAAGUUGUAAAAAUCCCAGGGUGCUCUUUGUAACCUGUGUAUUGUGGAUGUGGUGCAUUAUGGGAACUGUAUGUUGUCUGAAGUGUAAAUUUACUAUUUGUAGUAAAUGAUAAUCUUUUAAUUAACACAGAAUAACCAAAAGUACAGUUUCUGCAGUAUUGUUUGGGAUGAUUUAACCCCCUAACAAGUUGAAGUUGCCUUUCAUGUGAAUAUGAACUGAAGAUGAGACAAUGGAUGCAAACUAAAGGUAGUUGUAAAAUUUAAACGAAUAGUUGUACAUUUUGGAAAAUGUGCUCAUUUGUUUUCUGUAGAGACUUAAAUGAGAAGAUUGACACCAGUCUCAGUAAAUAUAAAGCCACAGCACACAGACCUGAGAUGGGGAAACAAAACCUGUUUUGUUACCUGAAGGUAACAAAAUCAGCCUGCAGCUUCUAAAGUUCACUGAUUUAACCUGUCCUGUUUAUUUAAUCUGCACAAAAGUCAGAAUGGAAAAAUUAAAGUUCACCUUUGACAAGGGGUUAUGUGCUUGGAUUGAAUUGGGCUAGCUGGUUCAAGUCUUUAUGCUACGCAAACUGACUGCUGGCUCUAGCCUUAUACUGCUUUUACUAUACAGCAUCAAUCUUCUUUACUUUCUACCCACUAAAAUGCAAAUAAGUACAUAUCUCAAAAUGUCCAACUUUUGCACUGGGUGCAAAUCGCACUUACUGGUCAGACUUUAAAGCCAAAUUUCAUUUCCACAUGUAAAGCUGUUCUGUAGUCCGAACAAUGUGACCCUGCAUGUUUCUAUCCUGACGUGACAGUCCUUCAGUCAGGUAAUGUGACCCUGUCAUACACUGAUGCUCUGAUCCAGCUCAGAAACGGACUUGGCGCCCUCUGGUGGCUGUACAGGACUAAUUAGUCUGAUGUGAUUGUAAUGACUUGGCUUCCUGUUGUCUUCUUUAAUGUUGUAAAUAACCACUAUGUGUCAUUUGUGCUGUUCUAAUUAGUGUUACCAAAUAUAUAUAUUUUUAAGAUAAAGAUUAUUUUCAUCUGACUUCGCUAAAAGUAUUCUAGUUUACGUUCCCAAACUGCUACUCGUCUUUGCUUUGCAUGGCUAUUGUUCAAGAUAAUCAAUUUAUUGACAGCUUUCUAGUUACAACCGGUCUCUUGUAGGAUGACAGUUGUGUAGAAUAUAAAACUACAACAUAGUUUUAUUUUAAAUAUGGAUUCUGUCCUAGCUUUCAAAUCCAAGGUAGCACUUCUAGUUGUGGUUGUGUGAAGUGGAUCCUUACUGCAGCAUUUUAUGAAAUGUGAAUAUGCAUUGACCUUGAUUUUUCUUUAAUGAUAUUUUGUUUUAAAGUUGCAGUGAUAUGAAUUGUUCAUUCAUCUUUGCCUUGUGUGACACUUGAGUUAAGCACCUCUGCAUUUGGUAACAUUUACUGUAGAUAUUUUAAGAUGCUUUGUUCCGAGUAUUAGACCAGCCAUUUGCUAAACAGUUUUAAUUUUUGGUUGUCAGUUCUGACCAAUUGCACUUUGAAAUCUGACUGUAGCUUUUGUAGUGUUUGUGCACUACAGCAACAAAUGAUUUGAUCUAUGUGGUGGAUAAUAUUAUCUGACUUUGACUUCAGUUGAUAUGCAGCAUCAGUCUUUCUUCAUCAGAUGUAGCGGGAGUGUUAUAAGAGAACAGUCUGAUUUGGUGGGUGCACGACUACAUGACCCACAUUUAAUAAAAUAAAGUUGUCAUAGCUGAUACUUGAAGAAGGAUAAUUUGUUUAAUUUUGGGUCUAAGGCUGUUUUUUAUAAUAAAUUACAAAAUAGUAUCUUUUUGUUUGUAAAUACUUCUGAACACAAACUGCUGCGUAAUAUGAUGUUGCUACCUAAACGUGAUAACUUUAUCUUAUAGUUCUGCUGAUACAAGUCCUAGCAAAGGCAUUACAUUUACAAAACUGAAUGGAAAGUUGUAUAUCAAAAUUUAUU